UGGACGAGAAUGCAGGUAUUCCCCGGUGCUUGGACUGCUGUGCUCGUGUUCCUGGACAAUGCAGGGAUAUGGAAUUUGCGCCUGGAGAACCUGGACAGCUGGUACAUGGGCCAAGAACUGUACAUAAGCGUGGUGAACCCAGAGGAAGACCACAGCGACAAGACUCCGCUUCCUCUUCCGGAUAACACAAUUUUCUGCGGCGCGCUCUCGAGCCUACAGAAAGAACAGUCUCAUAGGUUCCAGUACUCGGGAGCUUCACGGGUUGGGAAGACGGUGUCUGCGGCGAUGAUCUCGACGACAUGGUUGGCUGCUACCUGGUUGCUGUAUAGAUAGACGAAGACAUUGAAU